AUGAGCUUCAACUUGGAUGAUCUUUUCGACACGAGGCCGCGGCAGCAGCAGAUGGCGAACCCAGCCUACGUGCCUCCGCCACCACCGAGCGAUCCGCCACCGCCGCCGGUGAUUCAUCAGGACCCGUUUGGGGCCAACGCGGCGCUCCCACCACCGCCACCGUUUGAUGCGGCGAUGGAAACACCACAGCCGUACCAUCCCAACGCGUACACAUCAGCGCAGACACAUUCUUCCACCGUGAUGCACUCCGCUCCUCCACCACAAGGCGCAUCAUACUACGUGGCACCAGCACCAACAGCCGGUAUCCAGGCACCCUACAAUAACGCACCGCCGACGUCAGUUCUGUCCCAGGCGCCGUACCAUGCCUUACCGCAGCCAGCCACUAUCUCACAGGCACCCUGCACUGUUCCCCCGGCGGAGGGAGGCUACAAUCCAGUCUAUCAAACAGCACUAGGCCCACCUGCGACACCGCCAGAUGCCCCAAACAGGUCUAGUCUACCUUUAGGGGUGAAUCAGGCUGUUUCUGCCCCUGAAGCGGCAGCUGUCAGUGUUGCCAACAAUAAUAUUAUGAACAAAAACCCUGCAUUGGCUCAGGAGGAAGAGGACCGAAAACAACUGGAGAAAAUUAUUCAACUCCGCAAAGAGCUCGAGAGGGAGAGGGAGCGUGAACGACAGAAACGGGAAGAACUGGAGACAUGGGGAUGCCCGUCUUGCACGUACCGGAACGCGCUGGACACGAACCAAUGUGGGAUGUGUGACACAAAGCGCCCUGGGUAUAAUCCCCCGCCUAGUGUUGGCGCUUCUUCUACCACCCAUAGUACACCCGUACCAGCGCCGGUUCAGCUUCCCAAAAAGGUUACUCAGCCAUCUCAACCGGCAGGCCCCACUGCGUGGAUUUGUAGUAUGUGCUUGGCCCCAAAUGAGGCACAUCACUCUCGCUGCAAAGUUUGUAAGAGCUACCAAAAGAAUGGCACUCCUGUUAUCAGUAGCAGUGGACAAGGUACGGGCGCCGCGACGUCCCCUGCAAUGCCACCAACCGCCUGGCUGUGCAGCAUCUGUGGGAAGAAGAAUGGCGCCAGAGAUGCGCGCUGUGAAACCUGUAACAGUUACCAAAACAAUGGUACACCAAUCAUGGAAAGUGAUGUAUUACCACAAUCAGUGAGUGAGGCGGCUCCCACGUCAUGGAAGUGCUCGGUGUGCACUUUGGAGAAUCCUAUUAGCAACGCGGUGUGCGAGGCAUGUCAGAGUGGGCAGAGGCCACGACACCUCGCCCCGCCCAAGGCCAAAAAUCACGACAAGAAGAAGUGGGAAAAUACCCAUUUUCACUCUAGCUCACCAAAGACAUGGACCUGCCCAACCUGCACGUAUCAUAAUGCAAUUGUUCUUGAAAAAUGCGAAAUGUGUUCAACUGGACGUCCCCCACAUCUCAAGCCGCCGCCACCGCCUCCGUCCACAUCGGCCUCAAAGAAGGAGACUUUUGAUUCAGGUGACGAGAUCCAGUGGCAGGACGACACGGUUGCAAAGGAGUGCAACAGGUGCCACCUGCCCUUUAACUUGACACGACGCAGACACCAUUGCCGGGCUUGUGGCUUUGUGUUUUGUGGGUCGUGCUCCGCAUUCCAGGUGUCAUUAAAGAAGAAUGGCCAACCAGAGCGGGUGUGCGUGAGCUGCUACGAGGCCCACAAAUAG